AUGGCCCCUCCUCUUCUCAAUUCCUCGAACUCGUUUGAUGCGAAGAGGUCGGUGACAUACAGCACCACGGCACUAAAAAGAUGGUCUUGCCUGAACAAUAAUAAGGAUCUACCAGCUGUCACUGACAUCAAAGCUAUCCAUGUCUAUGACUUUGACAACACCUUAUUCAACAGCCCCCUCCCUAACCCACAGCUCUGGAAUGGCCUUACAGUUGGCUUCCUCCAGGCCUAUGAGUCCUUCGCCAAUGGUGGUUGGUGGCAUGACCCCAACAUCCUUGCGGCCACAGGCCAGGGCAUUGAAGUAGAAGAAUCUUUGGCAUGGAAGGGCUGGUGGAAUGAGCAGAUAGUUGAACUAGUUGAGCUCAGCAUGCAGCAGAAAGAUGUACUCACAGUCUUGCUUACAGGACGCGCAGAAAGCUCCUUCACAGACAUAAUCAAGCGAAUUGUGAAAAGCAGAGCUUUGGAGUUUGAUCUUGUUUGCUUAAAACCAGAAGUCGGACCCAACAGCCAGCGCUUUUCCAGCACGAUCAAGUUCAAGCAGAUGUUCCUUGAAGAUAUGAUAUUUACUUACAAACAUGCUGACGAGAUCAGAGUCUAUGAAGAUCGAAUCAGGCAUGUCAAAGGCUUCCGGGACUAUUUUGAGGAGUUCAACUCCCAGUUUCUCGCGCCCAACUCGCACCCUCUUCGCAAAGCCAUUGCAGCAGAGGUUAUCCAUGUUGCUGAAGGCACAAAAUAUCUCUCGCCGAUUGCUGAAGCUGCCGAAGUACAACGAAUGAUUAAUUCUCACAACGCAAUCGUGAGGGCAGCGUCAGGAAACAUGACCAAAUCUCCGUAUGGCCGUCUGCGUAUCAGUCGUCUCAUUUUUUACACAGGCUACAUGCUUUCAAAUGCGGACUCUGAACGACUGGUGAAAUACCUUACCCUGCCCAUUCUUCCCGUGGGCCUUCUAGAAUCGGGGGAUGUGCGGCUAAUGGCCAAUACGAUACUAAUCACGCCACGUGCAGCACCGAAGCUCAUCCUUAACCGGGUUGGUGGGAUUGGCAAGGUUGUCCGUUGGCGAAUCACAGACACGGCAGUUUUCGAGAACAAGAUAUGGGCUGCAAGAGUCGCACCCAUAUCUGACUCGGAGGAAAUUUACACCGACAACCCUGAUCCUGUGAUUGUUCUCGCUCUGAGAAAAGGCGCCCGACCAAUCGAUGUGGGAAGAAUACGCAACUGGAAUCCGGUUUCUCAAGAAAAUGCCCUCGUCUUCGACGCGACGGUUGGGAGAAAAGAUGGUUUUACGAGUGGGAGAAGAAAAUUCGGGACGACGGAGAGGAUGGACCGAAUGCUGGCCGGUCGUUCAAGCGCAGGCAGAAAUAUGACACACGUGAUAACGAAGACGGGGCCUUUCUUACCACAAAGGGGCACCAUUGGCGAACACGGCCCGUCCACGUGGGGGGAUACCCAUGACAAUACGCGGCUUCGCCACGAAAGGAAAUCAAGGUGA